UAUCUUUUGAUUUCAUCCCUCAAGACAUGUAUAUAUAAUAUAUAUACAUGUGACCGACUCGAAGGGAUAAAAAGAAUAUUGAUUGGAAGGGAAGGGAUGCCAUAUGGUUUUAAGCCAACAUGAGACCCACAAAUGUGAUUAAAGUGGGGAACAUGUUAAAGUCUAAAAAAGACAACAAAAUUGAGUACCGAUCCCUAAAUGAUACAAAGGGUCAUCAUCAAGCCAUGCCACAAAGCUUCAUUUUCCACAAGCUUUUAGGCAAAUUCAAAGGUUUGCUUGCUUUAAACUCCAAAAUCCCACUUGAAAAAUCAUAUAAUAUAAAACCCCAAAUCUACACUGGGUAUUUGAAGCCAUUGGAGAAAACUGCAGAUGAAAAGGCCUUAUGUUCCCACAUAAACCUUAGCCCUUUCUAAUGGGCUCUGAUCUCAUCUUUCUCACAUUGGUAGUACUUUCAUGGCCAUCAUUUCUUUCAACCAAAGCUGAAGGGAUCGCAUCGUCCCGCCUUCUUGAUCUUCUCAUUAGGGACUACACGGUUAAGUCCUUCAACCGGCAUUCGAAAACAGGUACUCUAUAUACUGUACAUUUACCUGCAAACUUAUCUGGGAUCGAAGUUGAUACUGUGAGGUUUCGAUGUGAGAGUUUCCGACGAUAUGGAGCAAAAGUUAAGGAAUUUCAUUUGGGAAUAAGUGUGAUUGUUCAUCCUUGUGCUGAGAGAGUCAUUGUGGUGAGACAAAACUUGGGUCUCAAUUGGUCAUCUAUAUAUUAUGCAAACUAUGAUCUAUCCGGUUACCAGCUUGUGUCACCUGUGUUGGGGCUUUUAGCUUAUAAUGCAGGUAGUGAUGCGAGUCUCGGUAGCCCUUUUCAGCUUGGGGUUCUCGCAAGGGAAAAUCCGAUUAAAAUUGAUUUCGGCUACAAUAAAAUGGCUUCCAACGUGACCGGAUCGUCAACGAGCCCAUUGUGUGCUAGUUUUGAAGGAGAUGGAAAAGUUGCAUUGAAAAACCAAGUGUCAACCAAUGUUUGUGUUGUGACAUGGGACGGAAUUUUGAUUUGGUCGUCGAGUCACUGCCGUUGAUGCCAGUGAGGAAAAAGAUUAGUAGAUGGAAACUGGCGGUCGGAAGCUCGAUUGGAGCUGCUUUGGGAGCUUUCCACUUAGGGUUGCUUUUGGUGGCGAUGGUUAUUAAAGUGAAGAAUAAACCAAGAAUGGAGGAACUCGAGAGGAGAGGUUAUGAAGAGGAAGCUCUUCAGGUUUCCAUGGUUGGACAUUUCAGAGCUCCGCAGCUUCUGCUACUCGAAUGCCGCCAACGAUCGAAUAUCAGUACAUAAAUUACCAUUCUUGAAAUCUUAGUUAUGCAAUCCUUUUAUUCAAUGUAUGGGUCAUUCUUUUUUUGGAAUUUUGAUUCUUCAUAAUCGUAUAUUUGUAUCUGAUCCUCAUACGGUUCUGGAAAAUAUAGAAUCUGUCAGCUGCUAACAAAAUGUUCACAGGUUCAAUGUCUUGGAACAUGAAAACUGAAGAGUUUGGACAUAGUAUUAUUGUAGUGGUCGGAGAAGUUGGUGGUUUCAACCUUUGUGGGUCAGACACAAUCAUCAGCCGAAGAUUCUGGAUAUGUAAGUUUUCUUUAGCGCUGAAAAUUGUUCGUGGUCGACCCGAUAAGAUUUUCUUUUUAAAUUAGGUUCGGAUCAAAUUGAGUUUUUUAAAGUAUGA